GACGAGCACUGCAGCAUCGUGUCGCCUCUCUGAGAAUGAAAAGUCUUGAAGAUGAACUUUGCUUUCCUCAUAUCAACUCCUCCUGCAGGAAGGCUGUGCGUCCUCACUUUGUAUCUAUGUUCACUUAUAUUUUAUUAUCCUCCAUCUCUCUGCUUACUGUGACUCUCAACCUGCUGGUCAUCAUCUCCAUCUCCCACUUCAGGCAGCUCCACACCUCCACCAACCUCCUCCUCGUCUCUCUGGGCGUCUCAGACUUCUUUGUGGGCCUCAUCGUGUUCUUUCAAAUUCUCCUUAUAGAUGGCUGCUGGUUUCUAGGUGACCUGAUUUGUAUUCUGUAUCUGUAUGUAGCAUACGUUAUUACUUCUGCCUCAGUAGGAACCAUGGUGCUCAUAUCAGUUGACCGAUAUGUGGCUAUUUGUGAGCCUCUACAUUAUUCCAACAAAGUCACACAAAAAAGAGUUAAGAUCUGUGUUUGUCUGUGUUGGACAUGUUCUGCUUUCCUUCACAGUCUAGUGCUGAAAGAUAACCUUGAAAAACAAGCACGGUAUACUUCCUGUUUCGGAGAGUGUGUUGUUGUCAAUAACUACAUUUUUGUUCUUGCAGAUCUUUUUUUGAGUUUUAUUUGUCCCGUCACUGUCAUCCUAGUUCUGUAUAUGAGAGUCUUUGUGGUGGCUGUGACUCAGGCUCGUGUCAUGAGGUCUCAUGUUGCAGUUUUACCUCUAAAGGUUUCAAUGAACAUAACUGCUAAAAAAUCUGAAAUGAAAGCUGGACACCUUGCUCGAUGCCUCAUCUGUACGAUCGUAAUAUGUGUGUUUUAUUUCAACUCGUGUCUUAACCCUCUGAUCUAUGCCUUUUUUUACCCCUGGUUUAGAAGGUCUAUGAAGCUCAUUGUUACUCUUGAGAUACUGCAGCCUGGUUCAUGUGAGAGAAACCUGCUGUAG